GUGGAACGCAGCUUUAGAAGCGGGAUGAAGUUUCAGACCUUACAACAAGAUGCCAGUAUACGGCAAAUAAACGAAAUAAAUAUCAUCAUUAGUCAAAAUCAGCUGCUCAUCAGACAGCUGUAAGUCUUUUUUGUGCACGGAUAGACUCAGACGGGCAUUAUUGUGUUGAGGUCAUGAUGAAGUUGGAGGGCAUCGAGCAGUUUGACAGCCCGGGGAAGGGCAGAGGUCUGCGGGUGAACAGAGCUUAUGGAGUCGGUGAGCUGCUCUUCUCGUGUCCUGCUUAUUCCUACGUGCUGUCCGUCAGCGAGAGAGGAUUCAUCUGUGAGCAGUGCUUCACGAGGAAGAAGGGUCUUGCAAAAUGUGGAAAGUGUAAGAAAGCGUUCUACUGCAAUGCAAAGUGUCAGAAAAAGGACUGGCCCGUGCACAAGCUGGAGUGUCACACCAUGUGUGCGUUUGGUGAGAAGUGGUGUCCUUCAGAGACGGUGCGACUGGUGGCCAGAAUCAUCGCCAGACUGAGAGACCAGAAAGCGAGAAGCCAGUCAGAAAAACUGCUCUUACUGAAGGAUAUGGAAGCCCACACCGAGGAGAUGGAUAAUGAGAAAAGAGAGCGGACUAAAGCAGAUAUUGCUGGUCUCCAUCAGUUUUACUCCAAAUAUCUGGACUUCCCCGAACAUCAGGCCCUGCUAACACUCUUCUCACAGGUUCACUGUAACGGGUUCACUCUGGAGGACGAGGAACUCUCUCACGUAGGAUUAGCGGUGUUUCCAGAUAUCGCCCUCACGAACCACAGCUGCUGUCCCAACGUCAUCGUGACAUACAGAGGCAUCAACGCGGAGGUGCGAGCUGUGCAGGACAUCAGUCCAGGGCAGGAGAUAUAUAUCAGCUAUAUAGACAUGCUGUACCCUACAGAGGACCGGAUAGAGAGACUCAGAGAUGCCUACUACUUCAGCUGUGACUGUAAAGAGUGUACCACCAAAUCCAUGGAUGUGAUGAAGAUGAAGGUGAGGAGGUUGAGUGAAGAGAUCAGUCAGAAGGACAUCAGUGAUAUGGUGCGUUACGCUCGGAACGCCAUUGAAGAAUUCCGCAGAGCCAAACGCGAGAAAAGUCCAUCUGAGCUGUUGGAGAUGUGUGAGCUCAUCAUCGAUAAGAUGGGUUCGGUUUUCGACGACUCUAACGUCUACAUGCUGCAUAUGAUGUAUCAGGCCAUGGGCGUCUGUCUGUUCACUGAGAACUAUGACGGGGCGGUUCGAUACGGCGAAAAGGUUCUCAAACAGUACAUUGUGCUUUAUCCCGCAUACUCUCUGAAUAUAGCAUCAAUGUAUCUGAAACUGGGCAGACUUUCCAUCGCUCUGGAUAGAAAACCCAUCGGCAUCAGCACCCUUAAAAAGGCUCUGGCCAUUAUGGAGGUGGUUCAUGGCAAAGAUCACAUGUACGUGGCGGAGCUCAAACGAGAAAUAAGUGGUGAUGAAUAAUGUGUGUGUAUGAGAUCUUUUCUGUAAGAACACAAUAUAAUUUAGAAAAUGCGUAGAUUGUAUAAACGCAAUAGAUUAUAAUGUAAAAUGAUGUUAAAUAAAUGCAUUUCUCAUGCUUGAUGAUACAGACAAUGCAAUAAAAUCUCAGGAAAUCUUAAGGAGGAUUUUUUGUAAACAUUUGUGUAACUGAAGGAUUUUAAUCACACUCCUAGACUAAUCUUGACCUAUGUGUUGAUGCUUUAUUUGACACAAAUCAAUAAACAAUAUUCUGAACAUG